UAUCCAGAAGGAGGCACUCAAGGGUGGCUAUGUGUUUUUGGAAGUUUCAUGGGCCUAGUCAACUUGAUUGGCACAUUCCAGGCGUAUCUCGAAACACAUCAAUUGGAGCAAUAUGGCUCGGGGAAGGCCGGUUGGGUCUUUGGUCUAUUUACGUUUCUGACCUUCUGCGGCAUCCAGAUUGGGCCAAUCUUUGAUGCUCGUGGACCUCGGCUUCUGAUAUUGCUAGGAUCCAUCCUAGUCAUGGCAAUGAUGAUCAGCCUUGGUUUUUGCAACAAAUCCUGGCAGCUUAUUUUAUCUAUUAGCGUCGCUGGAGGGUUAGGCACCCCGCUCAUCUUCACGCCUGCGAUCUCUGUUAUCGCCCACUUCUUUUUUUCGAAAGCGGAGACUUGCAACCGGAAUUGCAGCCAGCGGUGGCUCCAUAGGCGGCGUGAUCUUCCUCUUGUCCUUGAAACCCUCAUUGGUAAGAUAGGAUUUACUUGGGCAACUCGUGUAGUUGCUCUCAUCUAUCUGGUUUGUCUCACAACUGCUUGCCUCUUGGUCACUUCGCGAUUGCCCUCAAAUCCAUCUCAAAGAAAACUAUAUCACCAGAUCUUUGGGUCUUCCGAGACCCCGAGUUUCUGAUGACGACCCUGUCAGCCUUUUUUAUAGAAUGGGGGCUAUUUGUUCCUAUAUCCUAUAUCUCGUCUUACGCUUUGGCAAAUGAUGUACCUACUCGGCUUUCGUAUCAGCUCCUAGCGAUUCUGAACGCUGGGUCAUUUCUUGGACGGCUAAUCCCUAGUUACCUUGCUAAUUUACUGGGUCACUUCAAUACGCUUAUUAUUAGACAUCGG